AUCUGACUAAAACCUACUCGACUCCGACAUUUCAAAGCUUUUUCCUAACUUCAAAAGCUCUCUUUUGUUCGUAUUCUUCAAAAGGAAAGUGCCAGAACUAAUUUGAGCAACACAAUAAUGCUGCAUAAUAUCAUGGUGAUAUCAUACUUUGUUUCUUUUAUGUUAUUUAUUGGCUGUGAAUCGAAGGUGCAGUUACCAAAGAACUUAGUCGUAAAAGCAGUUUUUGCAUUUGGAGAUUCAAUAGUGGAUCAGGGAAGUAAUAACCAUAUAGCGACAGUAGUUAAGUCUAAUUUUCUACCUUAUGGUAAGGACUUCAACGGUGGAAUUCCAACCGGAAGAUUCUGCAACGGCAAGACGCCGCCGGACUUGAUAGUUGAAGAACUGGGGAUUAAAGAGUUUGUGCCAGCUUACCUAGAUCCAAACUUGAAAAGUGAAGAUCUAAAAACUGGUGUGAGCUUUGCAUCUGGUGGUUGUGGAUAUGACCCUCUAACAGCUACUAUUGUGUCAGCCAUACCCUUAUCAACACAAUUAAAUCAGUUCAAAGAAUAUAUUGGGAAGCUAGAAGGAUUAGUUGGAAAAGAAGAAGCCAAUUAUAUUUUGGGAAAUAGCCUAUUUUUGGUGGUUGCUGGCAGCGAUGACUUUGCAAAUACAUACUUCACGGCUGGAGUUCGAUUUAAGCAGGAUAUUAACUCAUAUACUGAUCUCAUGGUGGAAAAAGCUUCUGAAUUUGUCCAAGAAUUGUACAAUUUAGGAGCAAGGAAAAUUGGGAUAUUUGGAAUUCCACCAAUAGGGUGUUUGCCAUCACAGAGAACACUAGCUGGAGGGCUAGAUAGAGGAUGUGCUAAUGAAUACAAUGAAGCAGCACAAUUUGCCAACGAAAAAUUUUCUACUGCAAUUGAUUCAUUAUCCAAAGAGUUGCCUCAGUCCAAGCUUGUUUUAAUCGAUAUCUAUAAUCCGCUACUUGAUCUCAUUGUCAACCCCCAAAAAUACGGAUUUGAAGAAGUUGGGAGAGGGUGUUGUGGCACAGGAACAAUAGAGGUGGUAAUAUUAUGCAACAAAUUCAGUGGAACAUGUGAAGAUGAUUCAAAAUAUUUGUUUUGGGAUAGUUAUCAUCCCACUGAGAAAGGUUACAGGAUUCUUGUUGACCAGAUCCUAAAAAAAUAUAUCAACAAUUUCUUGUAGAUGAUGAUGAGUUCGAUCAAGAUCAAAAUAUGUACUAUUCACCUAGUUUGUAAACGUUGGAUCGAAGGUCCAAAAAAAUUGUUUACAUUCGUCCUUCUUGUGUCUGUGUGUGUGUGUGUGUUUUUUUUUUUGAUUCAUUGAUAAAGCUUUAUUACUUCAUGUAAUAAGACACUGGAAAUCAAGUUUACGUCAUUGAUGUUCACAUUUGUUUAUCCAAUGGUGUUUGUUGGAAUUGAAUGAAAAAUAAAA